UUUGCCGCGCGCCUAGCCAUAAUAACUCAGCUCAGCCGAACCUUGGCGCGGAUCCGUUCUGGGUGAAAGAACGCGCCAGAAGCGAUGCCGAACUUCAACCAGCUUCACUCUCCAACCUCCAGCCAUCCGCUUUCUCUUUUCGUUACAUCUUUCUAUUUAUUUCAACAGUGUCUGCUCUGGUGUUUGGGAUUUGUUUUCUUUGUUUGGCUGCCUUCUGUUCUUUAUUCUCGUUGUCUGGAUUUCCCUUAUCUCUUCCAUCCAACCUAUGAUCACCUCCUUCAUCUCGCAGUAAUACUCCUUUAUUGCUCGAGUGAACCUAACAUCCUCUAGCGAAUCAUCAUACGAGGGACCGCGCGGUCUCACAGCUAUGGCUGCGGCGCCGGUCAGACAGUGGGGAGUAACUCCUCCGGUAUCGAACGCCUUGCCCACGCCAGCAGAGAUCGCUGCGAACGAGGAUUUAACCGCUGAGCUAAAGCGACAAAAUAACUUCGAAGCGCCGGCAGAGACUGAGCGGAGAAAACAGACAUUACAACUAAUCCAGCGGGUGACAGUCGAAUUCGUGAAGGUGGUUAGUCGGCGCAAGGGUUUAUCGCAGGCAGCUAUCGAUGUUGCGGGAGGGAAGAUAUUUACAUAUGGCAGUUAUCGGCUAGGCGUAUAUGGUCCAGGUUCUGAUAUUGACACCCUGGUUGUUGGCCCAAAACAUGUGUCUUUCGAGGACUUCUUUUCCGAUUUUCCUCCCGUUUUAGAAAAUAUGGCACCUUUGGGUGCCAUUGAAAAAUUAACUCCUGUUCCAGAUGCUUUCGUUCCGAUCAUUAAGAUUGAAUUGUCCGGCAUCAGCAUCGAUCUUAUAUAUGCCCGUCUCCUCGUCCAUUCCGUGCCCCUGAAUCUAGACCUGAAAAAUAAGGAUCUGCUACGUGGGUUAGAUGAGAAAGAGAUAAGAUGUGUCAACGGGACACGGGUGACAGAUGAGAUCCUAGAACUUGUCCCCCAACAGAAGACAUUUCGGCUUGCGCUACGCGCCAUUAAGCUUUGGGCACAGCGACGAGCGAUUUAUUCGAACAUCGUAGGAUUCCCCGGAGGCGUUGCAUGGGCUAUGCUUGUGGCCAGAGUCUGCCAGCUUUAUCCCCAAGCUACCGGAUCAGCGAUCGUGGGAAAAUUUUUCCGCAUAAUGAAUCAAUGGAAAUGGCCACAGCCAGUGUUACUAAAGCCUAUAGAAGAAGGCCCGCUCCAGAUGAAAGUUUGGAACCCGCAGAUUUACCACGGCGAUAAAUAUCACUUGAUGCCCAUAAUUACACCUGCAUAUCCAUCUAUGUGCGCGACUCACAAUGUUUCACUGUCGACGAAAGCUGUCCUGCUUCGUGAGCUAAAACGCGGUGGGGAUAUUGCCGACAGAAUAUUCGUUGGGCAAUUGACUUGGAACGACCUUUUCACUCGCCACACAUUCUUCUCGCAGGACUAUAAGUAUUACCUCAGUAUCACUUCAGCAAGUCGAAGCAAAGAUGCACAAUCUGUGUGGUCUGGCCUUGUGGAAUCUAAGCUACGACAUCUGGUCGGAGCACUUGAUAGGAAAUCUUCGAUUGAAAUUGCACAUCCGUUCCCGAAGGGAUUCGAACGGAUUCAUAUAUGUAAGGACCAGAAGGAGAUCGCAGAGGUGAUGGGCGGAUCAACGAAGUACCAGGCGAAAGGCACGAAGACCGAAACUACCGACGAGACGAACGAUCCACAACACACUGCGGCUUCUCAAAAUGGUGGCGGGGCUAUUCCCAUGCGGGAAACAGAUCAGCCGAAUGGAGAUAAUGGCUGUACACUCUACACGACAACUUAUUACAUUGGACUUGAAGUCAAGCCUUUAGUUCCAGGUGCUGCAAGAUCGCUAGACAUCUCGGCCGACACGCACAUAUUCAAAAGUACCUGCACUUCAUGGCCACAGUACCAGCCUGGCAUAAAUGAUAUUAAUAUUACGCACGUCCGCAACUACGACCUUCCUGAUGAUGUCUUCCAGCCUGGAGAGGUGCGACCAUCUCGACCGAAGAAGAAGGUCGUGAAAAAGUCCGAAGCGACCGCACAAAAGAGAAGCAUUCACGAGUUGGACAAUGAAGAGCCAACCGAAUACCCUGCGAAACGCCGUGCAUCGAAUGGCAUACCAUCUGCCGCAGCUCCUGCAUAAUAAUUCCCAGUUGUCACAAGGGUAUUGGAUGAGAAGAUUUUCAAACCUGGUUUUGAUUUUUUUUUCCCGCCCUUAUCAUUCUUAAGCUGACAGUCGCGAGGUAGACCCAACUUGGCCCUUAUAAUCCAAGGCCCAGGACUGGUAAAUCUUGCGACAGCCAAAGACCCAAUACGUAGUCUACUACUAACCGCGCCAGCCGUUUUGUCGCCAUAGAUUGAGUGUGUCAGUCGACCCUCGUAUCGGGAAGUAGGAGAAGAGAUCAUCAGAUACGACCCAUCCUUUUCUUUGCAAAUUCCUUUACUUUAUUCUUCACCACUUUCUCUUACGUGGCUUUCCUACAGUUCUUUUUCAGUUUGUCCUCAUCCCGAACCAGAUCUCCUUCAGCUACUGUGGUUCUUGGAGAAUGCACCAAGGGUUCAUUGUUUUGAGCUGCUUUUUGUCUUUUUUUAUUGUUUAACCUUUCCGUUGGGACCACCAGGUCCAUAUCAGGAACCCACUUUUAUUUUUUUCUCCCCGCAAUACUGUUGUUGUAAUAGCUUCUUCCAGUUGUAUGUACGUACCUAGGGGUGACAUUUCUUUGUCCCACUUUCCCUUCCAGAUAGUCACUAGGCAUUUCUAGAUUUAGGCAGAUAAUCAAAGAACUUCGUCGGAGCCUACGGGCUCCACCGAAAACAAUCAUGAAAGUUGUUCCGUGG